GAUUUCCAUGAGAAAAUAUUUUCAUUGAUUUUUUAUUUACAUGUCUAUUAAAUAUCCGCAUCAGGGAAAAUAAAAAAAGGAAAAAAAAAAUUGAGAAAGAGGAACGAAAAUAGAACUUUCUGGUAAUUUAACAAAGCAUCGAGCCCCAUGCCGUUGUGAGGGUUUUCAGGAUUUCUCUUUCCUUUCAUGGUCGAACCUGCCUUCCUCAAAAACCCCUUCCGCUCUUCCAUCAACAUCCCAACACGAUGACCGCGAAAUCAAGGAUCUCAAAAACCAUUACAUCUCAGGAAGCCCUAGAAACCCAUUCCCCAUCAGAGUUCGCCGCCGCCAUCACAAGGGUGGCCGUGGCUCAGAUCUGCCGCGCCGCUGGCUUCUCGGCGUCCCAAUUCUCCGCCCUCCAAACCCUAACCCGCAUCGCCGCUCUCUACCUCCAAGCCCUCGCCGGUUCCGCCGCCUCUCGCGCCACAACCUGCGGCCGAACCCAAACCAACCUUUUCGACGUCGUCCAUGCCUUUGAGUUCUUGGACUCCGUCCGUGGCUUCCCGGGUGCUUCAGACGCCGACCAACUUCUCCUCAGCUCAAAAACCCUCAAGAGCAUCAUCCGCUUCGUGAACUCCGUCGAAAAAAUCCCAUUCGCGAAGCCCAUCCCCCGGCGCGACGAUUUCCGCACCACCUAUUCGACAAGUACAUCGAUUUCUCCCUCACAAAAUUGGAACAAAUUGGAGAUCAAUUCGCGGCGUUUGCAGUCUCAUAUUCCGAAUUGGUUGCCCGCCUUUCCUGAUCCGAAGAACAAGAUCGCCGAGAAAGAAAGAUGCGAUUAUGAGGUAAGUUGUACGCCGUGUUCGGCAGAAAAAAGCCCCCGCAAGGUUUCGAUUAGGGUAUUGGAUGAUGAGAAGAGGGAAUUACCGGCGAAGCGGGCGAGAGUGAGGUUCAAGAUGGGUGUGGGAGGCGCGGCGGGAAUGGGUGUAGGAGUCGGAGGGAGUGUCGAUCGGAGGAAUGGAGUGUGCAGGGGAGGCAAGAGGGUUUCAUGGCAUUGUGCAGUGGAUGACGAUGAUCAGCAGAAGAAGAUGGUGAAUUAGAGCAGGACCUUAGGAAGAACUUUUUGGUUUAAUUUUUCAGAAUGAUUAUUAUUAUCUUUCCUAUGAUGAGAGCAGAAGGAGGCGCAAGGGGAAAAUAUGUGGUCUACAUUUCAGUAGCCCUAAUAUUACAAAUUUAUUGUAUGUAAUGCCGAUGGAAAAGUGAGCGCCUGGAUUCGAUGGUAAUAAUAAUGUAAACUGCGUCAGUGUUUAGGGAGGUCCGGGGUUCUAUUCCGCUUAGCCUGGGAAGAGAUUAUUAUUUCUUAUUUUCAAUUUCCAAUUGCCUUCCCUUGAGUUAUGGAAUCACAUUUAUUACA